AUGGUUCUUUUACGGAAUAGGAAAUCGAUUAAUUCGAGUAAUCGUAAAAUAACGAAAGAAGAUGCAGCCAGAUUCAAAGUUCAUACGGCAGAAGUAGCAGAUCCCGUGCUCUCAGCGGUACAAGAGGCACAACCUUUUGAACAAGCUGCUGACGCAUUUAAUGACAAUGUUUACCAAAGGACUUUUACGACGUCUGAUGAAAAUGGUCAAAAAUUAUUAUCCAGAGAUGUAUUUGGUAAUGAAAUAGUUGACCCUGAUAUUUCAAAUCCGACUAGGUCAAGAAAUGAAAGGCCGCUAGAUACAAUAAGAGGAUUUCAAUAUGCAAUUGCGCCUGAUCCAUAUUAUAUCGAAACGUUAGAGACACCAUAUUUGGGUUUUAAAGUCAGAGAAAACUACUAUUUUGCAAAUGAGGCUAUUUAUAAUUUGGAUACCCCCGAACAACCAAUAUAUCAGGCACAAAGUGAGACUAACGAUGGGCAUGCAGAUAAAAAGAAGAAGAGGAACUUCUUUGGACUGAAAAGCAAAAAGAAGGCAAAGAAAUAG